CCAAUGGCCAACCUCAUCCAACUGUAUAUGGUUUUAACCUAAUCUCAAACAUGUUCUUACAAUAUUCUUUUUAUAUAUUAAGGUUGUGAAAACCAAUCCAACUUGCUUUUUCCUUGAACUUUUGAAAUGGCCACUACUCUCUCUGAAGCCUAUAGAGACUACCCUCUCAACCUCCAUCAUAUUAUCCCCUUAGACUUUUCUUCACUAAGGACCUUGCCUGAAACCCAUGCAUGGCCUCAAUCUGAAGAUGCUCAUCAUCAUCAUCAUGAUGGGAGUGGAUCAUGCAUACCCAUCAUUGACCUCAUGGAUCCUAAUGCCAUGGAACUCAUAGGCCUUGCUUGUGAGAACUGGGGUGCCUUCCAAUUGAAGAACCAUGGCAUACCCUUAAGUCUUGUGGAAGAGGUUGAAGAAGAAGCUAAGAGGCUCUUUGCCCUCCCCGCCGACAGGAAAUUGAAAGCCCUACGAUCCGCCGCCGGGGCCACCGGCUACGGCCGGGCACGGAUAUCAUCAUUCUUCCCCAAGCACAUGUGGCAUGAAGGAUUCACCAUCAUGGGCUCUCCAUGCGAUGAUGCCAAAAAGAUUUGGCCUAAUGACCAUACACGGUUUUGCAACAUAAUAGAGAAUUAUCAGAAGCAAAUGAAGUUGCUAGCAGAGAAGCUAACCCAGAUGAUACUGACAGUGUUGAAGAUUUGUGAAGAUGAAAAGGGGUGGAUUGGUUCAAGUGAGUUGUGUGAAGCUGUUCAGCUGAACUUCUACCCUUGUUGCCCUGAGCCAAACCGAGCCAUGGGUCUAGCUCCUCACACAGACACAUCCUUCUUGACAAUCCUCCACCAGAGCCAAACGAAUGGCCUGCAAAUCUUCAAGGAGGGUGCAGGGUGGGUCUCCGUGGACCCUCAGCCGAACACCCUUGUUGUUCACACGGGUGACAUUCUUCACAUCUUGUCGAACUCAAGGUUCCGUUGUGCAUUGCAUCGUGUGAUGGUGAACAGUGCAAGGCAAAGAUACUCUGUGGCCUAUUUCUAUGGCCCCCCUUUGGAUUAUGUACUAUCUCCAUUGCUUCUUCUCACUCCUUUCCCUCGUUUUCGUUCUUUGUCUAUCAAGGACUACAUUGGCAUCAAGGCCAAAAACCUUGGUGAAGCAUUGUCUUUGAUUACUACAACUCAAAACUAAUUAAUCUUCUUCACUUCUUUAACCUAAAUAUUCAUGUUUAACAAUUUAU